UCCAUGGACACCCUCCUACAACAUCCCUACCACCCGCCGGCAGCCAGCGACUCUCGCUCGCCCUGCCCGGCACUGAACACGCUCGCGAACCACGGCAUCCUGCCGCGCGACGGGCGGCACAUCUCGCUCUUCCAGCUCGCGGACGCGGUCCGGCGCGCGUACCACCUCUCGACCCCGCUCGCGUACCUCCUCGCCGUCGGCGGCCUCCUCCUCUGCUCCCGCCGCUGGCUCGCGGCCCACAUCGACCUCGGCGACCUCGCGCGGCACGACCGGAUCGAGCACGACGCGUCGCUCGUGCACGCCGACGCGCCCAAGGGCGCGCGAUACGCGCCUACCGCCGUCGACCCCGCGCUCCUCUCCGACGUGCUCGCCCGCUGCCCGCCGCAGGGCAUGGGCCUCGAAGAUCUGUGCGAAGUGCGCGCGGCGCGGGAGACGGCGAACGCGCGCGACGCGAGGCUCGACGGCCUGCACCGCACGCUCGGCGCGGCGGAGGCCGUGUUCCUGUACAACACGCUCAAGGACGCGAGCGGGGGCGUGCCGCGGGACAGGCUGGAGCAGUGGCUCGGCGAAGAGCGGUUUCCGGACGGGUGGACGCGCCCGGAGCAGGAGCAAGGCUUCCUCGCGCUCCACCACGAGGCGAACAAGGUGAAGAAGAAGGUGCAGCAGCUGAAGGACGCGAAACAGAAGAGUGUAUGA